AUGCAAGGAGGGAGGAGGGGGGGACGACACGAGGAGGAGGUCCGCAUGCCGCGCCCGCCAAUACCCCUCCGCACGCUUGAACUCGGCCGACAACCCGCCAAUGCCUUCCAAAUGGCGAAGAAAGGAAAAUCCCGUGUUAUAAUCGUCCGCCUGCUCAGCAUGGCGGCGACCGGCUUCUUCUACACCUUCCGCCGGAAGCGCACAGCCCCGCCCAUGAGCAUGCUAAAAUACGACCCCAUCGUUCGGAAACACGUCCUCUUCCUCGAGCAGAAACGAAAGGGCGGUAAAUAA